UACUUCACCUGGUGCAGAGCUGGAGCUUCCUGAGAUGCCUGACCUGGUUCACUUCCUGAUAUCUCCAUGUGCACUGAAGCUAAUCUCUGACCCACUGAAAGUGGGCUAAAAAGUUCAUCAAUAUUCACAAUUUUUACUUAUUUAUUUGAUACAUUUGGGUGUUUUGGAUAGAGAAAGGGACACAAUGGGAAAUGUGGGUCAGAAGAUGUUCAGGACCUGCAACAAACAUUCAAGAGAUAUCAUCAUGACUUGCAUCCCAAGCAAAAGAACAUCAAAUGAUGAUGUGGAGAGGCAUCCAUCUAACAUCGAGACAGCAGCACAGAUGGACAACAUCCAACAUUUGCCCUGUACUCCUAAAACUCAUGCUGCAGGGGCGGCUAGAGAGUACACUCACCAUGUGAUGGAGAGAGCACACCAUGGAGGGGGAUGGCUCCUUUCUGGCAUCAUCUGCAUCAACAUCCUGAUCCUGGGCUUGGCUCUGGUCAGCGGCAGUGCCUUUAACAGCGUGGCCAUCUCUGCUGUGCACAGACAAAUCUUCCUCAUCAUCCUUCUCCUCCUCACGAUGUUGUGGAUGUUGUUUUAUUCUGCCAUCACUUCUCGGAAAGAACAAGCGAUUGAGUUUAAAGAUAAUCAUGCUGGGCCCGUGUGGCUCCGAGCUGGACUCUUGCUUUUUGGGCUUCUGAGUCUCCUCAUGGACAUUUUCAAGAUCGCCACCUAUGUGGGCUACCUUCACUGUGACUCUGCAGUUAAAGUGGCAUUCCCUGUUGUGCAAGCAGUUUUUUUAAUGUUGCAGACAUACUUCUUGUGGGCACAUGCAAAGGACUGUGUACAGAAACACAAGAACUUCACAAGGUGUGGUCUCACUGUCGCGCUUUCGACUAACCUGGUGGUGUGGAUGGCAGCCGUGACGGAGGAAUCCCUUCACCAAACUGAGAUUCCUGACCUUUAUGUAAAUGUCUCACACAAGAUGUACAGAGCCAAUUAUGGUGGAAAGAAGUGCAAAUGCAGCCACUCUGCGUGUGACACCUUCAAAGAGGCCUUCUACUUCUUGUACCCCUUCAACAUUGAGUACUGCCUCUUUGCUUCAGCCAUAGUCUAUGUGAUGUGGAAAAACGUUGGCCGACUCGUCGAAGAUCACUGCAUCCAUCAUGUGAAGUUCCGUCCCAAAGAGGUGUGUCUUGGACCUCUGGUGGGAGUAAUCCUGGUGGUGGCUGGACUUGUAACGUUCAUACUGUAUGAGGUGGACAUACUAAAAGAGGACGAGGAGAAGAGGAACAGAGCCCUGCUGAUUCAUUUCACCAUGAAUAUUGUGAUAGUGAGCCUGAUGUGCCUCUCCACCGUGAUUGGCUGCAUCAUCUACAGGCUGGACUACAGGGAGCAUGUGUCCGAGAAGAACCCCACUCGCAGCCUGGACGUAGGGCUGCUGGUCUUCGCCUCAAUGGGCCAGUUUGUCAUCAGCUAUUUCAGCAUCAUAGCUAUGGUGGCGACAGGAGCUAGAGGAUACCUAAACGCCCUCAACCUUGCCUGGGCUGUCCUGACCGUGCUCCAGAUCGGCCUGCAAAACUACUUCAUCAUCGAAGGCCUCAAUCGCGAACCUUUUCACGCCAUCAUGGAAGCAGCUCUGCACACAAACGCUCACUCCUUCCAGGAACAUGUAGAUAUGAGCAGUAUUAACGAGGGCAAAAGGUCCAGCUACUUUUUGCAUUUAAGCAACGGCAAACCAAACUGGAAGAGGAGAGUGCUGAAGGAAGUUUGUGCCUUUCUGCUUCUUGCCAAUAUCACGCUUUGGAUCCAGCCUGCCUUUGGUGCUCGUCCCCAGUUUGACCACCCCACGGAGAUUAAGUUCUACAGAUUCACCAUGUGGGCUGCCAUUGUCAAUAUUGGACUUCCCUUUGGUAUCUUCCACCGUAUGCACUCUGUGGCCAGUCUCUUUGAGGUGUACUCACUUUCUUAGAUGGAGUUGUUGUUUUUAGAAUAAAGAUGAGUUCAGUAGGGAGUUACCAAAUUCUAUUUUUUGCAUUAAAUGUGUUAAUUUUUUUAAUUAAAAUAUUGUGAAAUAGAA